AUGGAUACCCAGUGGAGCGAUCUCACUGUCUCGGCAUUAAAGAAGAAAUGUGCUGAGCGUGGUCUUCCUAAGUCAGGCGUGAAAGUCGAUUUGCUCAAUCGCCUUCGAGAGCAUGAUGAGAAGUUCCGCCGCUCUACAGCACCAGAACCACCUGGCCGCCAUUAUGAUCAUUACCAUCCCCAGUAUGACCAUGGCGAGCGCUCGUCGCAGGAUGUCCCACAUAUGGCCAGUACUAUGGGUCAUCCAUCCGAAGAAACUGUUCGACGCGAUCAAGGACGUUCAACUGGCGAUAGAGCCAUCACCGCCAGCCCGACCGAGGGGGAGCUUGAGCAGAUUCUUCGAGACAAUUACUUGACUUUUGAGAAUGAUCCCAAAGGACAAGUUCGCAAAUCUACCACACUCGCUGAGUAUAGUCUGAAUUUCGAGGAAGCCAAGAAGAAGCGGGAUGCAACGAUCACAAAAGCAGAGACCAAGUUCAAGAAUGACAUGAGAAAGCUGGAGAAGGACAAACAGGAGAAGCUGGACCAACUGCACCGUGAAAUUACACCCAAGCUGGAGAAGCGGAGAAACUGGGGCCAUGCAUUCAGACAACUGGAGAUGUUGAGAGCUGCAAGAGGCGUCGGUCCCCCAAGCCCUCAUGAUUUCGCCACUCAAAAUAAAGGAUUUACUGCGACGUCUCCUCCCCUACCGUCUCGUCCCCACCCAGAUUCUGACCAGAUGUCAAUUGCUUCAUCCCCGACUGCGGCUCGGCCUCCUCUCUCGUUUACUCUUAAGCGUAAGGCUUCCGAUACCACACUCCCAUCAAGCUCUACAGGUGCUCCAUCUCUUAGGUUGCACGACAGUGAAGACCCCUUCAUUGAUGGCCCCAGAGGUCCUCGUGCGGAUAUGAUGAUCGAGUCUGAGCCGAUCCGAGGGCAGCUGGCCGAUAGCGCUUUUAUUUUCAUCCCCUUGUCCAACAAUCCGUUCCGAUACGGCAAUCUCCAUCAUAUGAAGACCAUGAUAGAGAACGCUUACUUUUCUCCGAAGUAUAUCCGCGCCGACCAGACCGGAUACUUCAUUAUAUUUGAGAGUUCUACACAAGGAGACAACCAUGCUGCGUUGUGCUUUGAGCGCUUCCAAGGAAAGGAGUUCAGGGGCAUUUCGAUGAAGAUGGAACUGAAUAGGAGAAGACGUUAAUGUUCUUGGCGACCUGGAACAUUUGGACGUACCUCUUGGAUUUGAUGUUGUUCUCAACUCUUGGGGAACAUUGAUGGACUUGAUGCUGGAGACUCUGGAACAUUUCGAUUUUCUGGGUAUUGCAACGUUGCUUUUGUUACUUGAUACUCUGAGAUAUCUCGACUGCCUUCGACUUGAUUGGUGUCCCGAAUAUCCUGGGACAUUGAGAAAUUGGAGCUCCAUUGUAGCUCUGCUUCCCGUAGAAUGAAGCUGAUCCUACCCAAGUCCCUCAAGCCCCUAGUCCCAUGCCUCGGCUUUGAGACCCCCAAAACGUAUUCUGGGACAAUGCCUCCGUAAGUCCUGCCAUAGAUUUGAAUAGCCUAGCCUUCAGGCAUUUCUUCCCUUACUAUUCCGCCUCCUAGACAGCUCGAUAGCCGCCCUUUCCCAUUCUCCCCUGUCCACGGGAACAUCCCUCCAAAUAGCCACUCCUUCCAUAGCACU